AUGAGCUCAUUUCAGGCUAUGGAAGUGACCGUAUCGAAGGCAACUACCGUUGAGCGUGUAUCACGGUUGCUCCGAACUAAUCGUAAAAGUUUGGUGGCUGUUCUGGAAGCGAACGAGGCCGUACCUGAUGAGAAGCAUGACGUCACUCGAAGGAAGACGCUACACAAAGCGCCUCGAAUCGUUCGAGAACGUGUCAUUAACAGAAUUAAGCACAGACCAACCGGUAGCGAUUUCGGAGUGGAUGUACAGGAACAAGUUGAUCGCCUUGUUGAGCAAGCAACACUUCAUGAGAAUCUUUGCCAAUGUUAUAUAGGAUGGUGCCAUUUUGGUAGUGCCAACAACUAUUCAUUUUUUGUCGUUUUGCUUUUUAUUGUGGUAGGUAUAGCUUGGACCCAACCGUUCUCCAUCUCUCCUUAG